GAGGAAUACUUGAAGAGUGGGAGAAAAACUAAGAAAACGAUGUAGUUUUCCAAAAAUCAAUCAAUUUCAAAACCCAUAAGAAGCCCAUACAGGCAUACAAUACAAAGAACUACCCUGAGAAAAAGCAGAGCACUGUCUCGAAUCCAACAAAACCACAUACAAAAGAGGGUUUCGUUUCUACAGAUCUCUGUCUCCCUCUCUCGCUAAAAAAUGGCAGCAAUGUCUACGAGGAAAUUCCUCACGCUAAACCCACUAUCCAGCUCUCCUUUGAAACAAUCACUCCUUUUCUCAUCUUCUCUCAACUACUCUACCAAGUCUUCUGCUUUUGGUGCCAGAAACAAAAACACAGCAACAGAGAAGCUAAGUGACAUCGAUGACAACGCUGAAAACGAUUCUGUACCCACUUCAGGAAUAAGUAGGCCACUCUCUGAAAUACUCAAAGAACUCAACAAAAAGGUCCCUGAUACUCUUGUUAGUCAGCGUGUUGAUAAUGGGUUUUCGAUCAAAUAUGUUCCUUGGCAUCUUGUUAACAGGAUUAUGAAUUUACAUGCUCCAGAAUGGUCUGGUGAGGUUCGGAACAUCACUUAUUCACCUGAUAGCAAGUCUGUAUCUGUUGUUUACCGUGUCACUCUCUAUGGGACUGAUGCUGAGCUAUACAGGGAGUCGACUGGAACUGCCGCUUUGGAUGAGAUAGGUUUUGGAGAUCCUGUGCAAAAGGCAGAAGCAAUGGCAUUUCGUAGAGCCUGUGCACGCUUUGGUCUUGGACUUCAUCUUUAUCAUGAAGACAUGUGCUAGUAGAACAGUUUAUAUUGUACAAGUUAAACUUAUCUCGUUUGCUUUGAGGGUUUUUGGUAUGCACAAUGUUUUCUAGAAGAACAGGAAGGGCAAGGCCUGAUGUUAAAUCUCUUCUCAUUUUUGGGAAAGCAGGAGCACUUGGUUGCUAAUUUGGUGCCUGUCUUUAGAGCACCAUUUCCAGUGUUUAAAUGCUUUAGAUUAGGUUAACUACUUAAUGAUAUCUAUCCAUCGUUAACAUCUUGUGUUGAUAACUAGUCUGAUAAUGUCGAUUCAAGUAUCUCUA